CUGUAAGAAGUGUAUUUUAUUUAUUUGAGAGUGAGUGAGCACGAGCAGGGGGUGGUGGGAGAAGCAGUCUCUCCCUGAGCAGGGAUCCCGAUGUGGGGCUGGAUCCCAGGACCCUGAGAUCAUGACCUGAGCCCAAGGCAGACACUUAGCCGAUUGAACUACCCAGGCGCCCCAAGCCUCCAUAUUAACAGAAAAUGAUCCCUGGUGGCGGUAAGGGGCGGGAUUUCAACUCUUCCUUGCCAAUGCGUCUAUCCCAUUCUUCCCUGAGAACCGGUUUUUGGGAAGCCCCAACAAUUUUACUUGGGUUGGCUCCGCCUAAAGCGCAGUCUCCUUCCCUGCCUCCCGCCAAAAAAAAUCCUCGACCUAAGAACGCCUUGAACGUGCUGGGUGGGGUAGGGGUUGUGCGUAAAUGCCCAAGGAAGACAACCAAGAGGUCAAGGGCAGGGGCAGCAUCCGCAAGGAAGCCUCAACAGAUGGGAACCCAGAGCUUUUGGUUCCCUAAUUUCGCCUUGGAUUUGGCUUUUAGAAAAAUAGGAAAAACAACAAAAAAAUGGAAGCGAGUGAUGGAAAAACAAAUCUCUUCCGGGAUGCUGCCUCCAAUCUGGCGCCGGGUGCCGCGAAGGUCGUCCCCGGUGACGCGAGAGCAACCCCGGCCACCGCUGGCGCCUGCACACUGGCGACGACCUGCGGGCGGAAGCGCCGGGAUCGAGUCACUUGCGCACUCCGUGAGAACGGCUUGAUUAAGACAGUGUGGCGGCGCUGCCAGAUCCCAGUACGCCGCUGAUUUGUUUCUAAGUUAGCUUUCUGGAGCGAUAUUUCAAAUUACUAAAGCGAGUGGUAGGAGGCCUUGACUGUUAUGUCUCUUCCGAAAACGUCCUCCACAUUGCUAACUUCCUUGUCAACACCUGAGGGCAAGAAGUUAAAAGUCUCUGCAUCCAAGGAGGAGACAGUACUUCCUGAACUAAAGGAGAAAAAAACCAUGGUGGAUCGUUCAAAACCCCUUCCUACAUCCCUUCAGAAUGAGUUUAUCCCGGAGGAAGUUCUUCUUUCUCUGACCUAUGCAGCCAGUGCUGGUCCUUGUCCUGAAAACUUACUGCCCCCUAAGAAAAUUAAAACCCCAAAGGGUACACUUCCGCGUCCGGCUAACCAAGUCUGGUAUCACCCUAUUAGAAGAAAUAAGUUCAGAUACCUGAUUGACCAUCCUGUUUCCUUAACUGGUGCUGGAAGGGAUAUUUCUUUUCUGUACGAUGUUAAAUAUGUUAAAGGAGAGGCCAGGGAGAGUUCGCUUUGUCCCCCACGUUUGGAACGUUCAUUACAGUCACAUGAUGGUGUCGUUGUGUCUCAUAAGCCAAAGAAACUAACAGAUACUUUGCUUCCUGAAGAAUUUCAUAUUGUGUCAAAUACAGGAGUUUCAGGUUUGGAGUGUUAUGAUGACAAAUAUACUACUCUCCUCACAGAUAGUGAAAACAGGCUAUUGCUCUUCCCAUCCAUGAAACCUAAUAAAAGAGUAGACGUGGUCCAGCUUAAUGAUGUGAUGGAUGCUAUGCUAGAGAGGGCUGGUGUGGAAAAUCAGGAAUAUACAGGGCCAACCAAGAUGCACAAACUACUGCAUAUAUUGAGGAAGGAACAGACCAUUUACAAUACAGUAUUUCAUGAACUUAUUCGACAAGUCAGUGUGGAUUGUGCAGAUAGAGGAGAACUACUGUCCAAAAUCAGAGAGCGGUAUGUACAAAUGCUUGACCAAAUUGCACGGCAGAUGAUUGAUUUCUACAAAGACUUGGUAACUCAGCGAAUGAUGGACCAGCGCAUUUUAGAAGAACUGUACAAUUUUAAGAAUGUUAUUGAAGAACUGACCAGGGAGCUGUGUCUGGUUCGGGCUCAUGAUAUGAAAUUAACAAAGGAAGCAGAGAAAGCCCACAAGGAUUUGGCACAAGCUCUUUUAGAUGCUGAAAAGAAUGCUAGGAUUGUAGAAGAAUACCAUGACUUAUACACAUUGCAAAGAGGAAGGAUGGAGAGUGAUAUUAAACAGUUAAUGGCAGAGAGAGAUCUCUGGAGCUCAGCCACAUAUGAAUUGGCCCUAAAGGUAAUUGAAAAAAAUGGAGUCAUAUUGGCUAAAAGACUUUACCUCAAUGAAAAAGGUUGGAAUAAAUAUGCUAAGCAUUUCAUCAUACUGCUGUCAACCAAGGACACUGCAGACCUUGCACUAUUGCAGAAGUUGACACAGAAAUGGCGAAGCUCAAUGAAUAGAUUUAAAAAGGAAGUGGAACAAAAUGAAGAGUCCACAAGGGAGAAAUUACAAACUAUUAAGGAUGGUCUUAUCACAUGGCAGGAGUUCUUCAGAAAUGAUGGAAAAGACAUUUCAUCUCCUAGUAAAGAAAAUAUAUUCGAAUCCGUCAUUUCAGAUUUCAAGCAGUGGCAAAAGAUGUUGAAUGAAGAUAAAGACAAGUAUACUGGGGAUUUUCUAGUGUCAAAAUAUGAUUCUCUGAAGAUUAUUAAACAUUUACAAGAAAACUGGACAGAUGUUGGGUUUGGGAUAUUGAAUCGCCAUAAAAGUAUGGAGGGGGAGAUGCCACCAGAGCAAGAGCACAUGAAGGAAAUUGUGAAAACCAUAGGAAGACUCUACAAAGAAUUUGAGAUAAGAAUAAGUGGGGAUAAUGGUAUCUCUAAGAUUAUUCCAAGUUUGGUUAGUUCUCUAGAAUUCUGUUCUUUCAAGUUGGCAAAUGUCCUGGAGUUUCCUGAAAUGCUUCAUGAAGAAUGGGAAGGAGUUAAUGAAAAAGUUAAUGAAAUGAAAUCUCAGUUGGAUGCAUCAAUAAACAUUAUUGGUACCGUUCCUCAGUAUAUGGAUGUGGAUUCUGGCUCGGUACUCCAAGCACAAAUAUUUAACAUGAUUCAACAAUGGCUUUUGAAGAUAAGCAAUGAGAUUAACAAUGGUAACAUUGAACUUCAGCGCCAUAUGGAUGAAUUGCAUAUAUCUAUGAUCCAGUGGAUGGUAAGCUUGCUGAUUUUAAUGGUGCCGGACUGUACUGACCAAAACACUCUCCCAAAUUUGAGGAAGGAAAGUGCUGAGAAACAUGAUCUAGGAGAUGCAAAGUUAGAGCUAGAUGCGAUUGCACUGGCCAGAAAGUUGGCGCAAUAUUCCAGCUAUUUGAGCAGUUGUUGCAAAGGGCUGGUAACAGCUAUGGCUCUGAAUAAGGCGGGUCACUUAGAAAAACAUCCUGCUAAGGAACUUCGGGAGCUGGAUGAGAUGAAGAGAGAAUGUUAUGAGUGGAUCACCACAUGUUCUCACCUCCUUUCUGGGAUCAAAGGCAGAAAAAUAAAGUUACUGACGAAGGAAGAAAAAGAACACCUAUUUGGAGAAGAGGAUUUUAUAAAAGAAUUAAUUGAACCUGACAUAGACAGGCCUUUUAGAGAGGAGGAAGAAGAAAGUAUGGAGGAUAAUUUUAAGAUGCAAAAGGAAGAAGAGGAGAAGCCUUCAACAUCCAAGGAGGAGGAAAAACUCAUUCGAGUAAUUGAAAAAGAUGAAAAUAUUCAUUCUAAACCUCUAUUUGAAGCAAAUAUAUUCUCUUCCUGGAGAGAAUCAGCGAAUCAAGGUACAUUGGCCGCAAAGUAUCGUGAAGCAAUGGCUAUAAUUGAACGCACACAGGAGAAGUUAUUAGAGGUUGAAAGCAGAGCCAGACAAGCAGAGGAGAAGUUUGAGGAUGUAAAUGAGAAACUUCAUUAUACCCUUAUAAGAAAUAAAGAACUGGAGAGAGAAUUAGAGGCUAUUUUGAUGAGGUCUAGAGAGAAGGAGUUUGAAGGAAGAGAAGAAGAAGAAAAUGAAGGGGAAAGAGAAGAUGGAGAAGAUGAAGGAGAUGACAAUAACGAAGAAAUCAGACCAGUAGAACAUUCCCCAAAAUCUGUAAAGAAAGAGGUACAGUGCAAGGAAGGUCCUCUCAACGCUAAACCCAGACCCCGGACUAAAUCCAAGACCAAGUCCAAGUAGCAUCCUUAGGGUGCUGGGCUUCAGCUGGGCUCCCCUCACUGAUCUCUGUGUGCUACUUAGCUGUAGCUCAACUGUAGAGACUCCCUGUGCAACAGCUACUAGAAAAGUCAUGACAUACAACCCAAGAACAUUUUCUUUUUAAAAGUCACAGUGAAAGCUGUAGGGAAUAAGUGCAUUAGUUCAUCUCCCAGAUUAAAAAAAGCUUGUGCCAAAGUUUGCUGGCCUCUUCAAAUGAUUUCCUAAUAGAGGUCUGUGAAAAGUGUCAGUUCUUGUCAAGCAAAUAAUGCUUUUUGAAGAUUCUGAACUCUGCAGAGAAGAGUGGCAAAAUACAAAGCAUUUUUUUUUUUUCAAUUUAAAAGAGAGGAGCCUGAUAAUGCUCUUGGGUUUUGGCAGCAUUUUCAGAUUUCUUAUGAUUUCAGGCAUUUUUAUGAUUUAUUUGAUUUUCACAAUAACUCUACAAAAUAGGUGGGGGAGAUGCUGUUAUUAUCCCAUUUCUCAGAAGAUUAAACUGAGGCCCCCCCAAAUGGUUAUAAGACUCCCCAAGGUCACAGAACUGAUGGGUGUCAGAGCCCCCUGCUUACUGGACCUGUGUCUGGAUGUUUGACAGUGGUGAUGGGCCACCAGGCCACUGCUCAGAUGGUUUCCUUCACAGGGAAAGGAUGGAAGAUUGUACUGAAAUUUAGGAAUGCUGCUGAAGAUUCACCCAGAAUCACCAUUUUUCGCUUUGAUAGCCUCACUUGUCUGCUCUGUUCAUGACCCCAUAUCCACUGAGGCACUAGAGAUGGACUAACCUGCAAAAAUAAGUUGCGAGUGACAAAUGGACAUUUGGGGCAAGCACUUGGCAAGGACCCCCUCCUACCUUACUGCUCCCGGCACACUUGCAUUUGCUCUGAUCUCUGGCUCCAAAUACCUAUGCACCUGCUUUGGCUCACAUAUUUGCUGUUCCUUUGGAUUUAUCUCUGAAUUUUAGACCCUUGCCUGUUCCCUAAGCCUCAGAAACCCUGUGACUCAGAGUCCCCAGUCUUUUUUUAGCCCAGUCCCUGGCCAGGCCUGCCUCUGCCA